AAUUAGAGCAGGUAUUCGCUGACGGCGGUGGGCAAAACGCUGGUGACGGACAAAGACGGCUUAUCAUACGGCGCCUACGUGCUGCAGCACCACCAGGAGGAGCUCAUGAGAGCGUGGCCUCUCGUCCACGAGGCGGCGGCCGAUUCCACUUCCGAACCCUUCGCCAGAGCCAACGGCGGCAUCACGGCGUACGCCCGCUACGGCCGGGACCCGGAGAUGAACGCCCUGAUGCAGAGGGCCAUGUCCGGCGUCUCCGUCCCUUUCAUGAAGUCCUUCUUGGAAGGUUACGACGGGUUCCGAGGCGUGACGCGGCUGGUCGAUGUCGGCGGGAGCGCCGGAGAUUGCCUGAGGAUGAUCUUAGAGAAGCAUCCCACCAUCCAACAUGGCGUCAACUUCGAUUUGCCUGAGGUUGUUCAGAAGGCUCCCCACAUUCCUGGCGUAGCCCACGUUGGCGGUGACAUGUUCAAAUCCAUACCUAAAGGCGACACCAUUUUCAUGAAGUGGGUGCUGACAACAUGGAGUGAUGAAGAGAUAAAGGUGAUCAUGAACAACUCCUAUGCUGCCCUCCCACAAGGAGGGAAGUUGAUCGCCUGCGAGCCCGUUUUGCCCGAAAAGACCGACGACACCCGAAGGACCCGCCUCCUCCUCGAAGGGGACAUUUUCGUCAUGACCAUUUACAACGCCAAGGGCAAACACCGCACCGAGGACGAAUACCGACACCUCGGCCAAUCCGCCGGCUUUCGCUCUCUCCGGGCCCACUAUGACAAAGAUCUCUUCUUCACCGUCCUCGAAUUCCACAAGUAAUAAUAAUAAUGUUUCAUAUUUCUCCCGAGUGCGGGAUUCCAGUGAGUUUGUUGUUGUUGUUGUUACUUUUUCUGUCCUGUAAUUAUGUUUCAAAUUACUUUUUUUGCGCGUUUCAAAAAAAAAGUUCCACUGUUAUAUUUUGAAAAGUUUGUCACUUACUUGGUUCGUCCCUGAGUGUUUGUCCACUUUUGACUUUUGGAACUGUUCUUCUAAGCACUUUGACUCAUCAAAUUCUCUCAAUGUGUAAGCCUAAAAAUAUAUAGUCAUGUGUGAUCUUGUUUGAUUCGUCUUAACAUAUAGAUUAUUAAUAUAUACUUGGUAAUUUU